AUGUCGUCAGAGGACCGGGAAGCUCAGGAAGAUGAAUUGCUGGCCUUGGCAAGUAUUUAUGAUGGAGAUGAAUUUAGAAAAGCAGAAUCUGUCCAAGGUGGAGAAACCAGGAUCUAUUUGGAUUUGCCACAAAAUUUCAAGAUAUUUGUGAGCGGCAAUUCAAAUGAGUGUCUCCAGAAUAGUGGCUUUGAAUACACCAUUUGCUUUCUGCCUCCACUUGUGCUGAACUUUGAACUUCCACCAGAUUAUCCAUCCUCCUCCCCACCUUCAUUCACACUUAGUGGCAAAUGGCUGUCACCAACUCAGCUUUCUGCUUUGUGCAAACACCUGGACAAUCUGUGGGAAGAAUACCGUGGCAGUGUGGUCCUGUUUGCCUGGAUGCAGUUUCUUAAGGAAGAGACUCUUGCAUACCUCAAUAUUGUCUCUCCUUUUGAGCUCAAGAUGGGUUCUCAGGGAAAAAUGCAGAGAAAGGCAGUGCAAGCCUCACCCAACACAGAACCCGAUUUUGGAGGGGCUGCUGGAUCUGAUGUAGACCAAGAAGAAGCCAUAGAUGAGAGAGCCGUGCAGGAUGUGGAAUCAUUGUCAAGUCUGAUCCAGGAAAUCUUGGACUUUGAUCAAGCUCAGCAGAAAAAGUGCUUUAACAGUAAAUUGUUCCUGUGCAAUAUCUGUUUCUGUGACAAGCUGGGUAGUGAAUGCAUGUACUUCUUGGAGUGUAGGCAUGUAUACUGCAAAGCCUGUCUGAAGGACUACUUCGAAAUCCAGAUCAGAGAUGGCCAAGUGCAGUGCCUCAACUGUCCAGAACCAAAGUGCCCUUCGGUGGCUACUCCUGGUCAGGUCAAAGAGCUAGUGGAAGCUGAGUUAUUUGCCCGUUAUGACCGCCUUCUCCUCCAGUCCACCUUGGACCUGAUGGCAGAUGUGGUAUACUGCCCCCGCCCGUGCUGCCAGCUACCUGUGAUGCAAGAGCCUGGCUGCACCAUGGGCAUCUGCUCCAGCUGCAAUUUUGCCUUCUGUACCUUGUGCAGACUGACCUACCAUGGGGUCUCUCCCUGUAAGGUGACAGCAGAUAAGUUAAUAGAUUUACGAAAUGAGUACCUGCAAGCAGAUGAGGCCAAUAAAAGAUUUUUGGAACAGAGGUAUGGUAAGAGGGUGAUUCAGAAGACACUGGAAGAGAUGGAGAGUAAGGAGUGGCUAGAAAAGAACUCAAAAAGCUGUCCGUGUUGUGGGACUCCCAUACAGAAAUUAGAUGGGUGCAACAAGAUGACGUGUACUAGCUGUAUGCAGUAUUUCUGCUGGAUUUGCAUGGGUUCUCUGUCUAGAGCAAACCCUUAUAAACACUUUACUGAUCCUACUUCCCCCUGCUUUAACCGGUUGUUCCAUGCUGUGGAUGUAAAUGGAGACAUUUGGGAAGAUGAGAUUGAAGAUUAGCUAACUCCUACUGCUCAAGAUAAGGAAGUGCAGUGGUUUCCUUAAUCUUUUUGUUAACUACACAGUUAACUUGAAGGAUAUAUGGGGUACUAUUCAUUCACGCAUCCUAUGUAGAAGAUAUGGAAGAACAAGGUUGAUAUUUUCAUUUUGAUGUUGCUGAGUAAGGCAGAUUCAUAUAUAUCUCAGUGUAACAUAAAUUGAGAAAUUUAUAAGCCAAAGGUUUAGAAAAUGAAAACUAGAGAAUAUUAAAGAUAAUUAU